CCGCGCGGACCGAGGGCAGCACCACGCCCCUCGCGGCCACCCGCGACUUGCUCCACCGCGGAAGGCCGCCGCCGCUCAAGAAGCGACUGCUCUCGCGAGAUUUCCCGAGAUCUGGCCGCGGCGUCCGCGGACGCGGUUGCCAAGGCAACUGGGAGGUGCCAGCGCAAGCGGGAAGGAGGCGGCAGUCGAAUUUUUGCGUGAGGGCGGGCGAGACUUGAGGAGUGGCCCUUCCUGAGCUUUCAGCCCAGCGGAGCGCGGCCUCCGCUGCAGUCGGUACCCCUGUCCCCGCGGGGCCAUGGGCCGGAUCUCGGGGCUCGUGCCCUCUCGCUUCCUGACGCUCCUGGCGCAUCUGGUGGUCGUCAUCACCUUGUUCUGGUCCCGGGACAGCAACAUCCAGGCCUGCCUGCCUCUCACGUUCACCCCGGAGGAGUAUGAAAAGCAGGACAUUCAGCUGGUGGUAGCGCUCUCUGUCACCCUUGGCCUCUUUGCAGUGGAGCUGGCGGGUUUCUUCUCGGGAGUUUCCAUGUUCAACAGCACCCAGAGCCUCAUCUCCAUUGGGGCUCACUGUAGUGCGUCCGUGGCCCUGUCCUUUUUCAUAUUCGAGCGUUGGGAGUGCACCACAUACUGGUACAUUUUUAUCUUCUGCAGUGCCCUCCCCGCUAUCACCGAAAUAGCAUUGUUCAUCAGCGUCUUUGGGCUGAAAAAGAAACCUUUCUGAUACGUUCAUGCCGGAAGCAUAGGAUUGAAGGUUGGAGGAGCAAGGGACAACUCACCAUUCCUGGAAGAAGAAAGGACAUCUUCAGCCCUCCACAGUAACACUGCAUUUGGUGGAGGAUGUCAUUUUUCCUGUUAGGGUAAUUAUCACUCGAGUCUGGGAUGAUCAGCGUUUUAUUCAGUGCUUUGUAAUAAAAUAUAUUUUAGAGUAAGAUCAAGACUUAAAAAAACGUUUAGGGGAGGAUUGGGGUGGCCAAACUACUAAGGAAACGCAGGACUAUUUUGCAGCCUUGCACAGUCAGCUCCCAGUUUCGCUUUUAUUUUGGUUAUUACGGUAGCGAAUAGCGGAAGGAAGUAGGCGGGGAUAUGUAAAUAACAAGUGCUGUCUGCUGUUAGGGUGCCAAGCUCCUGAGUGGAGCAUUCUGGGAGGGAUUCAUUUAUUAUUAUUAUUAUCAGGUUUUUUUGCAGCCAAAUGUCGGGGGUGGGGGGAAUGUCUUUAGUAACUGCAAAUACAUAUAGCAGUAGAAAUGGGAGAGCCUAGAUAAUUUCAGGUUGCUGGGGUCCGCGCGUUAUUUACUCACCCUAAACGAAAGCGGCCUCCUUUGCCUUGAGUAAGGAAUGCGCAAAAAAGUAUUUUUAUCGUCAGGUAGGAUAAUCCUUACCUGUUCCUCCUUCGGGAGGGCAGAUCGGAACAUGAUGAUUGGAGCUCGCAUGAUGCGUGAUUAGCGUCUCUGCGUGGCCGGGACCUGCAACACCCCGGUCGCUCCUGUCUGAUUCUGUCUGGCGAUCCCAACUCUUAUUAUUUACAAACGGGUAGUUUUUUCUUUUGGUUGUUAUUGGCAGAUUUGCAGAAGUGCUUGUUAGUAAAUGACAGGGUUGUUUUUCCGUAUCGCGACUGCGGUGUUUCUUUUUGCUGUAGGGUAGUGGUGUGGGUGUCUCGAGAUUUGCAGUAAGUCACUGUUCUUGUCGCUCCUAGUAUUUGGUGGUUCGCCCUUUUCUUCUCUGCACGGCUUCCCCGGGGGCAGCGCCAGGAAUGUGGUGAGAGCCCGCAGCUCUGGUGGCUUGCACGCGGCCGGAACGUGGUCAGAGGAAUCCUUUGGAAACACAGUUGGGCCUAGUGCAGACGCGCUAGCAGCUAGCUAAGUGUGAAGGGUUGUUCUGUCCCACGACGAGUGUUCGCGAGGUCCCGGUUUCCUCGCGCAGGUCAGUGUUAUGUGCGGAAAGUUUCUCUGUCCUAAAUGAUGGAGCCCAGGCCAUUCUAAAUAAGCAAAGGUGUCCAAGGUGAUGCCUUACACACAUGGAAUCUACUUUUCCCUCCGCUUCUGUCCCUUCUGGGAGCCUUUUAUCUUGAGCGUUUAUUGGCUACUUACUGAGCACCCAACUGCAUGCAAAGGCACUGUGGUAGGCACUGCGGGAGUCGUGCUCAACAUGAUCCCUGCUCAGCCUCAGCCAUCACAGAUCCUGUGGCUCCUGGGGUCCGACGGUGUGGCUGGAGCAGAAUUCGGGGGUAGACUGUGCUGGAGGCAAGGAAGGUGGACAUUGCGGGUCGUGCUUACAGGCUAGUCGGGAAGGUCACAUUCCACAGCAGUCUGGCUGUUGCCGCACCCACGGAUGGGGUUCGCUGAUUGCUGAAAGCGGACUUUUUGUUUUUCAGAAACACUGUGGGCUAAUUGCGCCACAGCUAUUAUCAGAAAUCAUGUAAACUGCACAGAUGAAUUAUAUUUAAAAACAGAUGUGUAAACAAACAAACAAACAAACAAGAAUCCCAGAGGUAAUAUAUGCAAAACUCAUUACUUCCUGAUUUUUUUUUGUUCCUUUUUUAAUUUGUAGGAAUUUUAAUUAUUUUUACUGAGUAUAGUUGACACACAGUGUUCCAUUAGUUUCAGGUUCCUGAUUAUUUUCCACGUUUUACUGUCAUGUGCUCUGGAGCUCAUUUACAUGUAUUGUGUCUGUAUAGUGGCGGUGCUGUAUAACGAUGGGCCAGUAACCUGUGUUUCUCUUCCCAACUCAUAGAGACAUCAAGUUGACAUUUUGAAUUUGGCCCCAGUAGGAGUAUUUACACCCCAGAAAUUGGCGAAUGCUACAUAUCGGGCUUAGUUGGUUGUCUGGAUUUAAGAAGGUGAUGGAGGAAAUGUUAAUAAUGCAGGUUAAAUUGAAAAAUGUCAUGCCUGUUAAAUUGUGAAUGGCACACAAAAUGAGAUUCCCCCCAGAAGUUGCAAACUAUUGUCAGAUUCAGCAAAGAAGUUCGUCAAGUCAUUGAGGAACGAGUGAAGUCUUCACACAUCCCCAGUGUUUCAUUUUCGUCUUACUCAAAAACGUGAAUUAAAAUACCAAUCAGCAUUCAUACUGGAGAUACCUUGGAGUUGGGACACAACUCGGUCUAUGUAGUCAUGAACACAAGAGUGGAGUUUACAGUUAAGAAAUUGUAUGUUUUAUUAUUUGUAAGUUCUAUCUUAUACAUCCUUUGAAUCAGUAAGAUUUAUAAUAAACUUAUGUAAUACAUAAACGCUUACUAUUUUUGGA